AUGGCGUCCACCACAUCCGAAACCAUAAUAAAGGCCCUACAAAGUAUAUUCACCACCCAUGGUUUACUUGACUUAUUGGUCUCUGAUAAUGGGCCACAGUUCACAUCUGCCCCCUUUGAGUUGUUCCUGGCAAAUCAAGGGAUCCACCACGCCUUGAAGCCCCCUUUCCACCCAUCAAGCAAUGGCCUGGCAGAAAGAAUGAUGCAGACUGCCAAGGACAUCCUGGGGAAGAUGGGCACAGAUGACUGGCAGGCUAAGAUAACCCAACCUGUUCCUAAGAACUACCAACACGUCCUGGCUUUGGCAUUUGCCAUUCAGGAGAUCAACAAAGACCCACAACUUCUCCCCAACAUCACCCUGGGCUUCCGCAUCUACGAAGAGAACCAGUAUGCAAGUAUGGUCCAAGAUGUCAGCCUGUCUCUGCUCUCCAGCCGGGAAAAAUUGUUUCCUAACUAUAAGUGUGACACACAGGACGACCUUCUCUCUGUCCUUGGAGGUCUCAACUCCAGAACUUCAUACCAGAUGGCAACCAUGUUUGGCAAUUUCAAGAUUUCUCAGCUGGGUUACCGCUUCUCUGACCCUGUUUUGAGGGAUAAGACUCAGUUCCCCACCUUCUACCAGAUCGAUCCCCAGUAUCACCUACAGAAUGCAGCCAUCGUCCGACUCCUUCUCUAUUUCCGGUGGAACUGGAUUGGGGUGGUUGUUCCGAAGUCAGAGAGCAGUGACCAUUUUAUCCGGAUUUUUGAAGCCACCCUCGCCCAGCAUGACAUCUGCAUACAAUUUGUGAAACAGAUGCUUUGCCAAAUCUCACUGUUCAAUGAAUUGCACAAUGAUCAAAUAGAUGUGGUUUGGACCAUUUGGAACCAUAAUGCUCAAGUUGUAAUUGUCUCAGGGGACUCAAAUACCCUGCAAAGCCUUAUAGCAGCCCUUUAUAUUUAUGAAGAAGAGACCCACACUACUUCUGGGAAAGCCUGGAUCCUGACCACCCAAUGGGAAUUUUCAGCGAUUGGCUAUCACUACGAUUGGAUCAAUGUUUUCUUGAGAAACAUGGUUUUUAACAACACCGCUGGGGAGGAAGUCUCCUUUUCGGAAACUGGAAUGAAAUAUGCAGGAUUUGACAUCCUAAACUGGAUCGUCUUUGCAAAUAUGACGAUCCUUCGACAGAAAGUCGGAUGGGUCGAUACCGAGGCUCCUUCAGCUGCAGGUUUCAGCAUUGAUCCUGAUGUCAUUGUCUGGGCCAACCAGACAAAGCCUUUCUCCCGAUGUGUGAAUUACUGCCUUCCAGGACAGGUCAGGAAAAUCGCAGAGAAGAGGUCCACUUGCUGCUACAAUUGUGAUUCUUGCCCAGAAGGGACCAUCUCUAAUCAAACAGAUGCACCUCGCUGUGAUCCCUGCCCUGAAGACCAACACCCCAACAAGGAAAAGGACCAUUGCAUUGCCAAGAAGAUCCACUUCCUUGCCUAUCAAGACACGCUAGGAUACACUUUAGUUUCUCUCACUCUUUCUCUCUCUAUGAUCACAAUGGCAGUUCUGACAAUUUUCCUUAAGCAUCGAAACACUCCGAUCGUCAAGGCCAACAACCGAGAUCUCACCUACAUCCUCAUCAUCUCCCUCCUGCUCUGCUUCCUCUGCUCCUUCCUUUUCAUUGGUCAACCAGGGAAGAUCACCUGUCUCUUCCGACAAAUGACCUUUGCCAUUCUCUUCUCCCUUGCAGUUUCCUCUGUGUUGGCAAAAACUGUCAUGGUGGUUCUGGCCUUCAUGGCCACCAAGCCAGGGAACAAGACAAGGAAACUCUUAGGAAAACCACUCACCAACUCCAUUGUCAUAGCCUGUCCCCUGGUCCAAGCCCUUCUUUGUGCCUCCUGGUUGGCAACCUCUCCUCCGUUUCCCAACUUCAAUUUCCACUCUUUGGUAGGAGAGACCAUUUUGGAAUGUAAUGAAGGCUCAGCUAUAAUGUUUUACAGUGUCCUCUCUUACCUAGGACUUUUGGCCCUUGUUAGUUUCACAGUGGCCUUUCUGGCUAGGAAAUUGCCUGACAGCUUUAAUGAAGCCAAGUUCAUUACUUUCAGCAUGCUGGUCUUUUGCAGUGUUUGGAUCUCCUUUCUCCCUACCUACCUGAGCACCAAAGGGAAGUCCAUGGUGGCUGUGGAGAUCUUCUCCAUUUUGGCCUCUGGAGCUGCUCUCUUGGCUUGUAUCUUUUUCCCCAAAUGCUUCAUUAUCCUAUUAAGACCCCAUCUUAACUGUAGGGAAAAUAUGAUAAGGACCAAACAUCUGUAACUGAUGCAUGCUUGGUAACUUUUAAUGUUUUUCUUUGAGACAUAUUUAGUGUCUUAUGUCAUUUUAAAAACAUGAUGACAGAGAAAGAGGAAUAUGUCCAUUAAAUAAUGCCUUACC